GCUGGAGCGAUCGAGUUGUGACCACCUGAACUAGAAAGAUUCCUCUCACCUCUCCUGCCUGCAUCUCUAAAUUUCCUCGUCUUCCCAGCCUGUCGAAAGCCACCGAAUAAACCACCCAUCUUGAUACCUAUUCUUCCACUGCCCGCCACAACCAUGUCCAACUCCGAUUUCGCCGCCAGCAGCCGCGAGCACUUGUGCGCUCGCAUGGACCGGUUCCUCGAGUUCAUCAACUCGGGCGACGAGACCAUCGGCAGGGAGGUCGUCUCCGAGUCGGCCGAGUUCCACGUCCCCUUUGGCGGGGCCCCGCUCAAGGGCCUCGGCGGCUAUAUGCAGAUCCUCGGCAAGAUGCGCGGCGCCUACCCGGACAUCCAGUGGUCCCUGCAGGAGGCCAUUGUCGAGGGCGAUAAGGUCGUCGCGCGGUUCGCCAUCUCGGGCACGCACCUGGGCAACUUCCUCGGCACCCCAGCGACGGGCAAGCAGAUUAGCUCGCAGGCCUUCAACAUCUACAGGUUUGCCAGUGGCAAGAUUGUCGAGGAGCGCGGUCUUCCGGAUAUCUUUGGCAUGCUUGCUCAGAUUGGGGCUAUUGCGAUCCCCGGGCCACCGCCCGCAUAAGUUUAUUUCUUUUCAGGCAAGGCCCGAAACUGUAGCAAGUGUAUUUCACCCUAAUUACAAAUAUGGCGAAACAUCUGUCAGACGUGACGAUGACCCGACACUUACUGUAUAUUUGCUAGUGAUGCAGCGUUCGGC